CUCUCAAACUCUCACGAGCCUUCUCCAUUUUUCACUUCCUUGUCACAAACCCCCUCACUCUAUAUAUUCACCACCCAUCUCCGCUUCUCAAUCAGUGUAUUUAUUAUUGGGUCCAUUACUCUUCUUCUUGUUCUCCAAUAUCCACGCGCUAUGGCUAUGGCUCAAGCAAUGGCAGUGUCGUUGUCAACUACUACUUCUUCUUCUCCCCUGCUGUCCCAAAAAGCAGGGCACUCUGCUUCAACUUCUUCCAUGGCCUUCUUUCCGCAGAGGAAACCAUUGUCAAGGUUGGGAAGGGUGAGAGCUCAGGCUAAUGCCGACAACAAAGACAACUCUGUCGACGUUCAUGUUACCAAAGGUAGUAGCAACGACCAAGGCACCGCGGUGGAAAGGAAGCCUCGCAGGCCUGUUAUGGACAUUUCACCAUUCGGUCUGUUGGAUCCAUGGUCACCAAUGAGGAGCAUGCGGCAAAUGCUGGACACAAUGGACCGAAUUUUCGAAGACACCAUGUCAAUGUCAUUCCCCGGAAGAGCCGCGGGAGGAGCAGGCGAAAUUCGAGCCCCGUGGGACAUCAAAGAUGAAGAGCAUGAGAUAAAGAUGCGGUUCGACAUGCCGGGACUAUCGAAGGAAGAUGUGAAGGUGUCUGUGGAGGAUGACAUGCUCGUUAUCAAAGGUGGUCAAAAGAUGGAAGAAGGUGGUGAUGAUUCUUGGUCUGCAAAGAGCUAUAGUUCCUAUGAUACCCGUUUGAUGCUUCCUGAUAACUGCCAGAAGGACAAGGUCAAAGGGGAGUUGAAGAAUGGUGUGCUUUACAUUACAAUUCCUAAGACUAAGGUUGAACGCAAGGUCAUUGAUGUUGAUAUUCAGUGACAUUAAGAAUUUAAGAUAUCAAAAAUUUCAUAAAGCUUUUGUACACUACUUCUUGUGGAAGCCUAUGUGAUAUAUAUAAAGGUUACCGUUUGUUAAUAAUAAUGUUAUACGCGUUUAGGGUUUAGGUUAA